CAGCCAAGUUGUGCAAAAGCUCGGCAUGGCGGGGUAUCACGAACGAACAGAGCAGCAGCAGGCUGAUCCUUAUACGACUCUCGCAUCCCUUGCAUGGCCGAUCCCUCCCCCCGGCCUUCACGCUGGCGAUCAUCCGGGGUCUUGGGCGCUUUUGGCUGGUGUCACGCCCGCCUGAUGCCGCUGGAAUGUGAACCUGUCGGCCCUGUCGCGUCUGUGCCAAUGGCUGUCCCCCUGUGUACGCAGCAUGCAGUUGACCGUCGGCUUGUCUUUGCGGGAGGUGAGCUGUUGUUUUCCCAUACUCUAUCUAGGGAUGGGGAGAUGAUGCUGAGCUGGUUGCAGUCACCAAAGCAGGUUCUUCUUCAUUUCGGCGGUCAGAUCGCAUGUAUGCAAUGCAAUGUACGCCAUGUCUGUCUACAGACUAAGUCCGGGGAUAUUUAAUACAAGGCAGAAACAUAAAAUCAAAAAUCAAAAUCAACCAUCGGAUAUCCCCAUGCUGCUUGCCAAUUCACUCCCUGUAUGCUGC